AUGGAAGACAGGGUUAGAAUUAUAGAAGAGAUUAUAAGAGAGUAUGAAGGUGAAUUUGAUGAGAAGAAAGCUGAGAAUUUGAUGAAGUUAGUUUCAAUUAUGGAGGAAGUUCAUCAAAAGGACAAAGUUGUCAUUCCACAGAAGAAAGUAGUUUAUGAAGUAAUUGAGAGUCCAAACAAAGAGACUGUUAGUAAUUUUGUUGCAGCAACAUUUGAUGAACCAUUUGGAAUAGAUAUUGAAAAGACAAUGGAAGAGUUUGAGAAGAAAAAGAGAAGUAUUGAAGAGCGAAUGAAAAUGAUUGGAGAGAUGAUGAGACAUCAAGGGGUUAAAGAAAAAAUAGGUCAAGAAGUGAUUGAGCAAAUAGAAACAACAAUUCAAAAUAUUGAGAAUAAAUUAAUUGAACAUCUUUACAAAGGGAUUCAAAAAGAUAGAGUGAAACAAGAAGAAAAGAAAGAAGAAGAAAAGAAAGAAGAAGAAAAGAAAGAAGAAGAAACAGUUGGAGUGUCAAUUUCACAAGAAAAUGAUAAUAAAAAAAGUUGCAAACAAGAAGAAGAAAGAGAAAUAGACAAAAAAUUUGAGAAAAGAAUUAAGGAAAUCAAAGAAGAACAAGAAAAAAGACGAGAAACUUAUUUAGAAUUUAAGAGGAAAUAUGAGGAACAUGGAAAGAAUAAGGACUAUUAUCUUCAAAUGAGGAAUCCAAGUACAGAAUGUGAGAAUGAAAUCAAAAUAGGAGUUGGUGUAAAUCAAAAGAACAAUGCUAUUAUGGAUGAGAUGGAUACAUACGAAGGAUUAAAUGAAGAGAACAAGAAAGUCAAGAAAGAGAUGAUAAUUGAGAUUGAAAAAGAGAUUGAAGAGAUUGAAGGAAUGGUUAAUGAUAUGAAAAACACGAAAAUGGAAUUAGACCAAAUCAAAGAAGAAAAGAAAGAAGUUAAUAAAACAGUUAAAAUAAAAGGAAAUAAUCAAAGAUACGUUAGACCAACACAUAAAGUAGAAGAUGAUGAAGAUAAUAUCAAAAUUGAAGUCAAUAAAAAGACUGAAACAGACAAAAUAUUUGAACAAAUUAAUUGGAUGAAAAUGGAAAUGGAAGUUAAAUUUGAAGCAAUUGAUAGAGGAAGGUAUUAUGUGAUGUACACAAGAAUCAAAGGAAUGAGAGAUGAAGAUAUUGAUGUGCACAUCACAAAGAAUGGAAAUUUAAGUAUUAGUGGAAUGAAAAUACCAAGUAAAGAAGAAAAGGAAAUGAUAAUGAGGAUGGUCAAUCAACAACUUAAAGGAAUUAGUGAAGAAGAAAAAGUUCAAAUUAUUUAUCAUUAUUGCCAAGGAAAGUAUGGAAGGUUUAAAGGAAUAUAUGGAAUACCAGAGAAUGUUGAUAUAAAGAAUAUAAUUGUCAAUUACACAGAAGGAGUUCUUCAAAUCAACUUACCAAAAUACAUUGACUAUAAAGAAGUGUAUGAUCCAUUUGAUUUUGUGUGGUAA